GAACUCCGCCAUUUUGAAAUCCAAAUCGCUCAUAGUACACCCGCUCUGAAAGCUGUAACUAUGCCGCGGGGCCGGCCGCGCAAACAAAGGAUUAGAGAUGACAGCGAAAUCGAUGGAGAUCAAGACGCCAGCUCAGAGAGCCAGAAACAUGUGGAGCACAUAUGUAAUAUUUGCCCCCAGAGUUUUCCCACCGAGACUCAACUCCAGAGACAUCUGCGAGACCACGAGUUCAAUGAUAAGCCGUAUCGGUGUGACCAGUGUCCGAUGUCAUAUAAUGUGGAGUAUAAUCUCGACCUGCAUAAAUCCACUCACACCACCAAUGAACCAAAGUGCCCAGUAUGCCAUAAGAAGUUCUCAAGAGUGGCCAGUCUGAAAGCACAUGUCAUGGUACAUGAGAAAGAAGAGAACUUCCUGUGUUCUGAGUGUGGAGAUGAGUUCAUCCUCCAAAGUCAGCUGUCUCUGCACCUGGAGGAACAUCGCCAAGAACUCUGUGGGACAAAGUUAUACACCUGUAAAACCUGCAGCAAAGAGUUUACAGCACACAACCAGUUAAAGGAACAUUUGAGAAGUCAUGCCAAGAUCAGGUCGAUUACAUCAAGUUCAAGGAACUACAAGAACAUUGAUAGAAGAGGAUUCAAGAACAUUUGCCAACACUGUGGGAAAACAUUUAAGAAACCUAGUCAGCUUGUUCGACAUAUACGCAUUCACACAGGUGAGAGGCCAUAUAAAUGCAGUCACUGUGGAAAGUCCUUCAACCAGAAGGUAGUUCUGCAGACACACAUGGUCCGACACACAGGGGAAAAGCCUCACGUGUGUUUGCUGUGUCCUGCCUCCUUUUCUCAGAAAGGAAACCUGCACUCCCAUGUUCAGAGAGUUCACUCCCAGGCAGCUGGUGUUCCACUUUUUCCCUGUAUGGACUGUAGUUGCGUCUAUAAAAAACUUGGGAGCCUCAAUGCUCACAUUAGCAAAAUGCACAUUUCAGUGAUGGAAGUCGAUGAGACUGCUACACAGAAGGGGGAAACGGGGGUUGAUCAGGGUGCUGAGGGGACAGAGCGUGUGACAGAUGUAAUCCAACAGUUGUUAGAAUUGUCAGAUCAUGUGGCAGCAGACAGUGCACAGGCCCCUCCCACUGGGCAGGCUAUCGAGACAGCCAUAAACCAGGACAUCCUCCAGCAAGCUCUGGAGAACAGUGGACUGACUGAGAUUCCAGUCCAGCCUGAAGCUCAGAGCAGUGCCAGACCGAAGACCGAUGCAGCUGAUGAUGGACCCGUCACUGCAAAAAUACUCAUGACAGACACCGUUGUGAAAAAGGAGAGGAGAAGCAUCAUCAAAAAGCCUCCACAGAUGCUAGGCACCAUCAGGCAGGAUAAUGGUGUGAGGUGGCAUGGCUGUCCAUACUGCUCCAAAGAAUUCAAGAAACCCAGUGAUCUGGUGCGCCAUAUCCGCAUUCACACUCACGAGAAACCCUACAAGUGCAAGCAGUGUUUCCGCGCCUUUGCUGUCAAGAGCACCCUGACGGCACACAUGAAGAUCCACACCGGCAUCAAAGCAUUUGAGUGUCAGUUCUGCAUGAAAUGUUUCUCCACGUCUGGGAGCAUGAAAGUUCAUCAGCGUCUACACACUGGUGUUCGGCCUUUUCCUUGUCCUCAUUGUGAAAAGUUUUUUCGUACCUCAGGCCACAGGAAAACACACAUUGCCUCUCACUUUAAAAGCACACACCACAAAAAGCACAAAUACCCACGAAAGCCUCACAAAAGCAGAUUGUCCAGAAGCAAUCUACAUCUGCCUGAUAUACCUCUGCAGGAGCCAAUACUCAUCACAGACACAGGGCUCCUGCAGAACCAGAACUCACGGGCCGCCCUACAGCAGUAUCUGGACAUCGUGGAGAAUGAGCGUCCGUAUAAAUGUGGAUUCUGCAGCAAAGCUUACAAGAAGUCAAGCCACCUUAAACAGCAUAUCAGGUCACACACAGGAGAGCGACCAUUCAAGUGCCUGCAGUGCAGUAAGGGCUUUGCGUCCUCUGGUGUGCUGAAAGCUCACAUCCGAACCCACUCAGGGCUCAAAGCUUUUAAGUGCUUGCUGUGUGAUACCACCUUCACAACCAGCGGCAGCCUGCGGCGUCACAUGACCACGCACAGCGACAUACGGCCCUACAUGUGCCCAUACUGCCAGAAGACCUUCAAAUCCUCCCCCAACUGUAGGAAACACAUGAAAACACAUAGAUACGAGUUGGCUCAACAGCUGCAGCAGCAGCCAAGUUCAAGUGACAUGCAAUCUGCAGGUGUGGUGUCCUCAGAGUCACAGAGCAUGCUGGAGGUAGUAGGAGAUGGCCAGCAGGUGGCGCUGUCUGCUUCACUGGAUGAGGACGCUCUUCAGGACACAGAAUCAUUUGUGAGCACGCAGCAUGCUCUGCCUGAACACAUGAGUCAGUUUGAGACCCCUGCACUGCCUCAGCCAGCCUAUGAGCAGCCAGCACUCGCUCCAGGUUUCACAAUAUCUGAGGGAUUUACCCAACAGGCUCAUUUCUCUACAGUUCAACAGCUUCAGGACUCGAGCACACUGGAGUCUCAGGCACUGACCUCCAGCUUCCACUCCCCAAACCUACUCCAUGUAACACACAGUGAGACAAGUGGUUUAUUGCAAGACACAAGUCAAGGAGAGUUGCAGCUGGCCAUCCAAACACAAGACUUCCAGGAUGAGGACGAGAACAACAAGAGAGUCUAUCAGUGCAAUGUGUGUGAUAAGAGCUUUAAGAAGUCCAGUCAUCUAAAGCAGCAUGUACGCUCACACACCGGAGAAAAACCUUACCGCUGUCACCUCUGUGGAAGGAGCUUUGUGUCUGCUGGAGUGCUUAAAUCACACCUGAACACGCACACAGGAUUAAAGGCUUAUAAAUGUAAUGUUUGUGAAGCUGCUUUCACCACUAAUGGCAGCCUGAACCGACACAUGAUCAUUCACCUCAACACAAAACCUUUCAAGUGCACGAUGUGUGAAGAGAGCUUCCGCACGGUCAUGCUGCGCAGGAAACACAUGAAAAUCUUUCACGCUGUAGUGUCCAGAGUUCUGGAGGCCAGUGAGACCGGUGAAGACGAUGAUGCUUCGGAUCGCGCUGGGAUUAAAAGAAAUCGUGCCAGCAUUAUCACAUUAACAGAAGAGCAGACGGCAGAGCUGGCAAAGAGUGUACCAGGAGACGGGGUUUCGCUAUCAGAGAAGGUGCUUGCCCAGACAGCUGCUGAACGAGAUCGAAUUAGUGAAGUUAAAGAUAAAUGUGUUGAGCUCAACCAAGAGCCAAAGUUUGCAAACCGCUGCCAGUACUGUCCAAAGAGUUUCAAGAAGCCCAGUGACCUGGUAAGACAUAUCCGAAUACAUACAGGCGAAAAACCGUACAAGUGUGAUGAAUGUGGGAAGAGUUUUACUGUGAAAUCCACACUGGACUGUCAUGUUAAGACACACACAGGCCAGAAGCUGUUUAGCUGUCACAUGUGCAACACAACCUUCUCCACAAAGGGAAGUCUGAAGGUGCACAUGCGUUUACACACAGGUUCCAAACCCUUUAAGUGCCCCCACUGUGACCUUCGCUUCCGUACGUCUGGUCAUCGCAAGACCCACAUUCAGUGUCACAACCGACCCUCUGAACGGAAGGCCAAGCGGAGCUUAAGCAAUGAGUCACAAGGAAGACAGGAAGACCAUAGCGUUCAUCAGGCUCAGCAUUCGUCCUCUGGUGCAGACAAUCAGCCCUUGGGAUUGUUGCAUACCACCACUACAGAUCCAAAUAUCUACAUACCUGGAAACCAAGUGCUCAUGGGCCAGUAUGACCCACAUCUGCUGCAACAAGGGCUGGUGGGGCAGGCCAUACUGCCAGCUACCGUGUCAGCCGGGGGCGAUCUGACCGUCUCUCUUUCGGAGGGUCUUGCUACACUGGAAGGAAUUCACUUACAGCUGACGUCAGCCAACCUGGUUUGUCCAAACGUGCAGAUAUCUGGGAUUGACCCCAGCAACAUCAACAAUAUCACACUGCAGAUUGACCCCAGUAUUUUACAGCAAACACUGCAGCAGGGCGGUUUGCUGUCUCACACACUGACGACUGACACGGCCACUCACCUCAUGACCGCUGGAGAUGCUUCGGUUCCUGCAAAUGUGGUGAUCCACCCUCUCGGCGGCCUCUCGCUACAGCCAGCCGACCCCUCAACCAGUGCCAGCACCAGUAACCUGACAAACGAACAGGAUAGCACUGUUUCUCAGGAGCUUUCACAAGUGUCCGGCACUGCAGGUCUUGUGAGUGGUGCCAGCAGUGCUUCUGAAAUCACACUAACCAUCAAUAACUCCAGUCUGACACACGCUCUAACGCAGACCAGUUCAGCUACAUCCACAUCCACCAGUGGCACACCGGAGAUCACACUCACCAUCGCAGGUCAGGAACAUUUACCCCUGCACUGCCCUCCCAGUACUUCAGAGAUGAACUCUGGCAUCAGACUGACUCCAGGCAGCAACACUCUGACACUGAACAGUGAGCAGCUCCUUCCUCAUCCCUCAGCAAUGACCGUCGGCGCACUGGCACCCAGCACCUCCCUAUCCCAGCCAGUCAUAUCAUCUCAAAAUCUGGUGAUGUCAUCAGCUGCUGUGGCCAGUGACGGCAGUGUGACUCUGACUCUAGCGGACACACAGAUGCUGGAUGCCGUCUCUUUAAACUUAAACACGCAGAUGGUGGCCAACCAGGCAGAGGAGAGAGAUGCAGACAUGCAUGAGAAACAUCAGUGUUAUUACUGCAGUGAAACGCUCCUUACAGCCAAUGCUCUGAGGAGACACUGCAAACAGGUGCAUGGAAAGGACCGCUGCCACGUCUGCAGUAUCUGCAAUAAAGCCUUCAAACGAGCUACGCACCUCAAGGAACACAAUCAUGUCCACAACAAGGGACCCAAAAUGAUCUCGCAGAAACCUAAAAUGUUGAAAUGCCCCAGCUGUGACAAAGCCUUUGCUAAACCCAGUCAGUUAGAGAGGCAUAUUCGCACACAUACAGGUGAGCGGCCUUUCAAGUGUUCAUUGUGUGACAAAGCAUUCAAUCAGAAGAGCGCUCUACAGGUUCACAGGGUCAAGCACACGGGCGAGAAACCCUACAGAUGUGAAGUGUGCACAAUAAGCUUCACUCAGAAGAGCAACAUGAAGCUGCACAUGAAGAGAUCUCACAGUUAUGGAGGAUCCUGUGAUAAACUGAUGGCUAAACCACAGGAAGUAGAGGUGGUGUUGGAACAAGAUUCAGAGUCAGAUUCCCAGCAAGAUCCGGCCUCAGAGGGCAGAGAGAGUCAAUCAGGAUUGGAUCUGGAGGAGGUCGUGCAGGAGUCUUCUGGAGACUGGCAGUGUCCCAUCCCAACAGUUUUCCCAUGAGCACACCUGACUGUAGCAUAGCCUACUACAUCAGAUGUCAUUUAAGCAUGCUACUCAACCAAGGAGUCGGACACAAAUCAUACAUUUAUUGAUUUGGAAGUUGUAAAUAGUCCUUUAUUUCAUUGAAAAUUUAACUUGAAGACGUCUGUGUGCAGAUUUUAUUUUUAAAGCCUUCAGUUUUAAUUUUCAAUUCCAAAGUAAGAUUGCGUAAUUGUAUAUCGUAAAAGACCGUAUGUAGUACAUAAAAUACAAUCUGCUGUUAAUGUUGAAUGCAAGACGAGAUGAAUUAAACAUAGAUGUUAUGCUGGUUAUGCCAUUUUCUUUUUAUUUAAAGCAUUAGGUGAAUAUUUAAACUUUUCACAUAUCAUGUGUGAGAAAGAAAUAAUUUUAGCGCCAACACAUCAGACUUGCAGUGUGAGUGCUGUAAGCUGUAAAACAGGAGAGACUUCACUGAUCUAGAGAAUGAAUUUCUGCUUACUGUCAGCAACUGUAGAAACGUGAGGGAUGAUCAGGGAUACCUGUGUAAUCUUGAUACAGUGUUUGUGUUGUGGAUUCAUUUGUGUAUUAUUGACUACUUCUCUUUAAAUGAUUAAACUGUGUGUUGUGUAAGCUAUAUUUCAUUUCUAAAUAGGGAUUGUCUUGCAUGUAAAUAGUGUGAAGAGACUAAUGGUGGCUGCAGUAUUUUCUGGAUAUCGGCUAAUGGUUUAUUAGUGUUGUAGCGGCAACAAAAUUGUACAUUCAUGUAAUUUUUUGCUGGGAUAAUCCAAUUUUGUAAUAUGCUAAAUUGUUUUAUAAAUGUUUUGAUAAAACUUUCUUUCAUUUAUGGCUUUUAUUUAAGUUUUCCAGGUUUAGUUAAAUGGUGCUUGUGCACAGUUUUUAAACGGCCACUGUCAAUUAUGAAUAAUAUAACUGUAUUUAAGUUUAAACAUUGUCUGAUCUGCAUUUGUCUCUCAUUAACACCUUUAAAGUAAACACUGGACAGAAUACAGUGAGUUUAGUUUGGCAGCUCUAUGGUGCUGUGGUCGAGAAGACAGUUUUGAAUCAAUGCCCCAUAUAUUCUGCUCUCUUAACACUACAUUUGGUUUCAUUGACAGAGCUUGAAGUGAGAAGUGAAGCCUGUUGUCCAAUUACACGGCAGAGAUGUGAAAAUAAAUUCACUGUUUUCUGUUUAGUGUUCAGUUUUGAGGCCGCAUCUGCAAUAAAACACUUUAAAAAACAAAAUGUCCUUGAAACGAACAAUUCCUUUUUGUUUUUUAGAUUCUAGGUUUAUCUGUCAACUGAUUUUGACAAAUUUGUGUUGUUUAUAUUUCGUUUCACUCUAAUGCUAUACUCUGUUAAAUAAUAAUAUAAAAUUAAAUCAUAAUACACAAAGUA